CGGGGCUUGACGUGCGCCGCGGAGGCUGCGUGAGGUGAGGGGUUCAGGACAGAAGACUAAGCACAUGGACUGGAAAUUGGAAGGGAGUGCUCAGAAAACAGACUCACACUUGCUGCAGGAACAAGAAGUCAUCCUAGAGGACACAGGUGAAGAUAGCAUCUCUGAAAGCUUCCAGCUUCUACAGAUCGAUGUGGAAUGCGAGCAUCGGGAGGGAGAGACGCUGCCCACAGGCAGUGCAACAUGGUGCUCAAAAAAUGUCCAAAGAAAACAGAGACACUGGGAAAAGAUAGUUGCAGCAAAGAAGAGCAAAAGAAAGCAAGAAAAAGAAAGAAGAAAGGCCAAUCGUGUAGAAAAUUCAGGCAUCUGCCCCCAGCACAGCAAACGUUUUCUGAGAUCCUUAACCAAGGAGAGACUUUUGGAAGCCAAACACUCAGGACCAAGACUCUGUAUUGAUCUGAGUAUGGCCAACCACAUGUCUAAGAAGGAAUUAAGUAGACUGGCUGGACAGAUCCGAAGGUUGUAUGGUUCAAAUAAAAAAGCUGACAGGCCAUUUUGGAUCUACCUCACUGGAUUCACAACAGACAGUCCCCUCUAUGAAGAGUGUUUGAGGAUGAAUGAUGGAUUUUCUAGUUACCUGCUAGACAUAACAGAGGAAGACUGCUUUAGUUUAUUUCCUCUGGAAACCCUUGUGUACCUGACUCCUGACUCAGAACACGCUCUUGAAGAUAUUGAUCUAAACAAAGUUUACAUCCUUGGUGGACUUGUGGACGAAAGCAUUCAGAAGAAGGUGACAUUUCAAAAAGCCCAAGAACAUUCUGUCAAGACAGCCCGCUUGCCAAUCCAGGAAUACAUGGUCAGAUGCCAGAAUGGGAAAAACUAUCAUUCAGAGAUAUUGGCCAUCAAUCAAGUAUUUGAUAUCCUGUCCACAUACUUUGAGACCCAAAACUGGCCUGAAGCACUGAAGAAAGGAGUUUCUUCCAGGAAAGGCUACGUUCUUCAGGACUCAGUGGAAUGAUGGACAGCCUAAGGAGCUGCAGGAGGCAAAGUUGCUGGAGGUGCUUUGACAGAGAAGCAGAGCAGAGGCUGGCGAUGGCACACACUUGCCUUUACCUUGACAUCCUGGUUCUUCCCUAGAAUAUAAAUUACUAAUAACAGGGACCAUAUUUUAUGCUCUUUUCUAUCUCCCAUAGUGCCUGGCUCAUGGGAAGAGCCCAGAUAUAUAUUGACUAAGUAAAAAGUUUACAUAACAAGGAAUUAGCCCUAAACUAUAUGGCUUUGGAUGUAUUAAUUCAUUUUCUAUAUAUCUAUUUGUGAAAUAUCUACUCUUUAGAGAUAGCUUAAAUAAUUAUUGUUACAUCAAGUUUAAUUUUCACUCAACUGUCAUCAUAAAGUUGUAGUACUUUCUCUAGCCUCCUCUGAUGCUGCUCAUUUUCCCCAACUCAGUAAUAUGCUUGACAUGUUUCACAGGAUUGGCCUGUCCUAACCUAGCCCUGCUUUAAGUCCCUGUAGCAUUUCAUUCCCACCUUUGGCUCCUACCGUGUCUCCCCUGCUCUGAGUGUGGGAGUGGAGGCUUUCUUCCUAAAGUAGCCUCCUAAUAGGACACUUCGUGGGAGUAUCUUUGUAUCUCUUCUGAGCUUUGUACAAACUAGAUUCUUCAUAUAUAUUUGUAACUAACGGGUCAAACUGAAAAGCAAAACCACAGUAUUUAAGUCUAACUUAAAAAUAACCAGAAAAUACAUUGCUUCUGACACAAGCAUGUUGGAUCACCUCUCAUUACAUAAAUCUCAGUGAUCCCUUCUCUCAUGUCUUAGUUAUGUACAGUUGCUUCAGUUACUCUGACCAGUUUGGGUUAGUAAACUUGAAAGCUAAAUUGUUAGCAAAUUCAGAGAAUGUAUCCUAGAUCUCAAAAGAACCAAAACAUUACUCCUCUGCUCUGUCCCUUCCCCAUCAGAAUUUAAUUCUUAAGGAGCUAUGAUCACCUUAUAAAUUAUAUCAGUGUUCUUUUCUUAAAAACAGCCAAUCUUCAGGAAACAUCUUUGGGAAUAUAUAAUGCUCCUUGGUCUUUAGCACCAUAUUGAACGAGUUCUAUAAUCUUUGUCAUCCAAAAGGGCCCUCCUAUGGCUAGGCUUCAAGGAUAACUCAUACUCUCAGGGAGGUCUCUGACCCCAGAACACUGACCUGGAUCAUCUGCCAGGCUUCAUUUUCACCUCUAGAGGCUUAGCUUAAAACACCAAACAGCAUGGAAGAAUUUCCUCUCCAACUCUAUCACCUCUACCAUUUUUUAAAAACCUAGGCAUCGAGUUUUGGACUUGGCUUCAGAGAUCCUCAUCAGUAGUUAUUUAUAAAACAUAUUUAUAGGGACACCUGGGUGGCUCAGUGGUUUAGCGUCUGCCUUU